GCCGUCCGUCCCAUCUCUUGACGACAGACAGGGUUUUUUUUUGGGUUUGGGUUGGGUUCCACAGCUCAUGACUCGCGUAUUACUGGACCCUGGUUUUGAUCAUUAUUUGAUAUUGUUGUCGAACCAGGAUCGACAAGCGUCAUUCGCUGGCCUCGUCCAAUUACAUCCUUCCGAGAAGAAAAAAAAAAGAGAGAGGGGGACGUGGCUGCACUGCGAUCCUUGCCAAACGCUUCGGGCCGCGCUUCUGUACGAAGUCCGUUAAUAGGAUCGGA